AUGGUGAGCGACUCUUUUGUGCAUGCGUGCGCCGGCGGUGCCGGCGGCCUCGUUGCUAUGACGGCGACCUACCCACUCAUGGGCAUCUCUACACGUGCCGCGAUUGACCAGUCGAAAAACCCCGGCGAGUCGCUUGCGAAGGCGGUGACCAAGGUGAUUGCCAAGGAAGGCUUGUUGGGUCUGUACGACGGCCUCGGCUCGUCUCUGAUUGGAAUUGGCGUCUCCAACUUUGUGUACUACUUCUUCUUCGAGGCGACGCGCGACUUUGUACUGCGCGCAAAACAGGCGACGUCCGCCGCGUCGCUGGGAACGCUCACGACGCUCGAGAGUAUCGGCGCGGGCCUGAUCUCCGGCAUCGCCACUGCGUUCAUCAGCAACCCUAUCUGGGUCGUCAACACCCGCCAGACGAUCCGUGCGGUUGUGCCCGAGAAGGAUGCCGACGGGCAGCUCACCAGAAAAGUGCGUCGUUUGUCGUUCCUCGAGACCAUGAAGGGUAUUGUGAAACAGGACGGCAUCGGCGCGCUCUGGAAAGGCAUUGGGCCCGCGCUGGUGCUUGUCACGAAUCCCGUGCUGCAGUACACUGUGUUUGAGCAGCUCAAGGGGUGGGUGCUCAAGUCGCGCAGCGCGCGUGCAUCCAAACACGCGGCGCAGCCGCUGCUCGGCGACUUUGACUUUUUCUGGCUCGGCGCGCUGAGCAAGCUGGUCGCAACUGCAGUGACGUACCCCCAGAUCGUGAUCAAGUCCCGCCAGCAAGCCAUGACGAACGAGUCUCUGCAAGGGAAAAAGAUGCCGAACGUGUGGACGGCUAUGACGGAUGUGAUUCAGGAUGAAGGCAUCGUGGGUCUUUACCGCGGGAUCUCCUCCAAGAUGCUCCAGUCGAUUUUGACCGCAGCGAUCCUCUUUUCGUCCAAGGAGCGCAUUUUUGCCAUGACCAAAUCGAUGUUGCGCUAG